CUCCAUAUAUAACUUAUAUAAAUUUUUAUUUGUAUAUGUAAUAAUAUUCCUAAUUACUCCUCCAAACCCGCAAGUAUAAAAGGUGAUGAUUGUAAGAGUCAACCGAGCAUUACUUCAUUUCCGUUGUUUUCACGCUACUGCGCUAGUCGUCCUCUCCUCAAACCACAGACCACACUGCUUUGGGAAUUUUUGACCCUCAAACGAUGUCGUGGCAAUCUUACAUCGACGACCACUUGAUGGCGGAGGUUGACAACUGCCACCUCACCGCCGCGGCCAUCGUUGGCCAUGACGGCAGCGUUUGGGCCCAGAGCUCAAACUUCCCCCAGUUCAAACCUAAUGAGGUACAAGCUAUCCUGAAUGAUUUUGAUAACCCGGGUACAUUAGCCCCCACUGGAUUGUACAUUGGGGGCACCAAGUACAUGGUGAUUCAAGGUGAACCUGGUGCUGUCAUCCGUGGGAAGAAGGGAUCUGGUGGAGCUACUAUCAAGAAGACCAAUCUUGCUUUGAUCAUUGGCCUCUAUGAUGAGCCCAUGACUCCUGGUCAAUGCAACAUGGUGGUUGAGAAGAUUGGUGAUUAUCUUAUUGAACAAGCGGAUAUCUUCUUAAUGUUGUGUGGAAGUUAUGGUUUUCUUGGUGACUCUAAGAAGAGUGCUCUUUUCCAAAAUGAGUUGAAUAUAAAUGUUGAGGUCGCAGACUCUGGCUCGAAGGUCAAACGCCUUUUGGUUGUUGCCUCCGACGUUUGUGUGGUAGCUGGUUCUUGGGUGAUGGAGCUUCUUAUGGACUCCAGAAGUUGUUUUGUUGAAGGUGUGAAAAUGAUAGGAAGAAAAUGA